CAGAGAGAGAGAGAGAGAGAGCACCAAACGCCACAUAUCUGAUGGCCCAGUGUUAUAAUAUAAACUCCUCUCUCUCUCCAAAGUAGCUAAUGACCCUCCUCCCAGCCUGGUCUGACAUGAAUGUAUAAGGUGCCACAGCACUGAGGUGAUCCUGCCUCACUCCAGUGGAAUUUCAAGGUGUGAGGAGACGAAAAGGCCAUUGACCUUAACUCUGCUCUCUGGAAAGUGAUGGAGGGGUGUUUCUGAAGGGUGUCGGAGGGAAUACGUACUGAAGGAAAAGGGGAGGAGAGUUGAGUAUCAGCCAGGCACUGCUCUGGCUCUGUUAAGAUCCGAGGAGGACUACCGAUCAAAUAACAAAGGACAACAAGCAGCUGCAUAAAAGAAACCAUUCAUUUAGUAAAUCACGUGGAUGGAUGCUACAAUGCACAUCCUCUCCCUACCCACCGCGGACGACGAGUGUAUGAGUUUCUGCGUUUAAUGAAUCCUCAGUGCUUUUCCCUAACCGGAAUACAGUGUUUUUACUGGAUGUACGAGAGCAUAGAGCAGUCCUCUGUGAUCCAUCACUGUUGUUUGCAGCCUCUGAGUAAAGUAAAUCGGGAAACGUUUUGAAAGUGGACUGUUUUUUCUCUCAUGGUGGAGCUGAAUUUUUAUCCGUAAAAUAGAAAAGAAAGGAUCCAAGACAGUUUCAGCUGGCUCCAACUACACUCAUCUGCAUCAUAACCUUCCAAUUUUUUCGAGAAAGGGCUGCACCAUUAGGAUUAAAGGUGUGCCAAGUGGAGAUUUCUGCUACUACUACAUAAGUAUUAUUACUACUACUACAGAACUAUGGUUGGAUCUUAUGAUUUCCUAUUGGGGCCUCAGCAAGUCGGCUCUGGCUGGUUCAUGGACUCUUGAAGGGGAGACGGUGCACGAGGGAGGGGAUAAUGCAUACCCCUCCUGUGCUGAUCUCAGAAGCCACCAUGAGCAACGUGACUGUCCUCGACACCUCGGAACCCUCUGACCUUGAUAUGACCCAGUCUGCCGCCCCCUACCCCGUCAGCUUCCAGGUGUCGCUGACAGCGUUCCUGCUGCUGGAGAUCGUGCUGGGCCUAAGCAGUAACCUGACAGUGCUGGUCCUCUACUGCAUGAAGCAAAACCUCAUCACCUCCGUGUCCAACAUCGUCACCAUGAAUCUGCAUGUGCUAGACGUACUAGUGUGUGUGUCUUGCAUCCCUCUGACUGCCGUGGUAAUACUCCUCCCCCUGGAGGCUGAUACAGCACUGGUCUGCUGCUUCCACGAGGCCUGUGUCUCCUUCGCUAGCGUAGCCACUGCCUCUAACGUGCUAGCUAUCACUGUCGACCGCUACGACAUAUCAGUGCGUCCAGCCAACCGCAUGCUAACCAUGGGACGUGCCGUGGCUCUGCUGGGCUUAAUUUGGGCUAUGUCCUUCUUCAGUUUCCUGGUCCCCUUCAUGGAGGUGGGUUUCUUCAGCGAUUUUGGUUCAGACUUCGUCAACCAGACUGCAGUUGCCUCUGUGGUCCAUACUAACGAGUACUACACAGAGCUGGGGCUGUACUACCACCUCUUGGCUCAGAUCCCAAUCUUCUUCUUCACGGCUGUAGUCAUGCUGGUGACCUACUACAAGAUACUCCAGGCACUGAACAUCCGCAUCGGGACACGCUUCCAACACAACCAGCCCAAGAAGAAGCCCUGCAAGAAGAAGACCAUCUCCUUAACCACUGCAACGCAGGUGGAAUCUACAGAUGCGUCCCAGGGCAGCGAGGCAGUCAGAGGGGGCGGAAACCCACCUGCGGUCCUGUCCAUGCGGACCUCCGUCUCCGUCCUCAUGGCUCUGCGCAGGGCCGUUAAACGCCACCGAGAACGGCGGGAGAGGCAGAAACGCGUCUUCAGGAUGUCCCUCCUCAUCAUCUCCACCUUCCUGCUCUGCUGGACGCCCAUCACGGUCCUCAACACGGUCAUCCUCAGCGCAGGGCCCUCAGACUUCACGGUCAAGUUGCGGUUGGGUUUCCUGGUCAUGGCUUAUGGGACAACCAUCUUCCACCCGCUGCUCUACGCCUUCACCAGGCAGAAGUUCCAGAAGGUGCUGAAGAGCAAGAUGAAGAAAAGGGUGGUGUCCGUGGUAGAGGCUGAGCCAAUGCCCAACAACGUGGUCAUUCACAACUCCUGGAUCGACCCCAAGAGGAACAACAAGAAAGUCACCUUCGAGGAGUCUGAGGUCAGGCAGAAGUGUCUAUCUUCCCAGGAUCCGGAAUAAAACAACAUUGUCUGUCAUCCAUGACAGGCUAUAGUGCAUCAUGAAGAUCGGCAAGGCUUGGGGGCAGUGGUUAGGUCGAAAGACAUACCUCUCAACAGAGGUGGCAGAGUGGGAUAACUUGGAAUAAGCUAUGUCCAUCUUCAGAGAAAGUGGAAUAAAGAGAUCAUUUCUGAGAAGUCAAUGACUAUCUGCAUGGCUAGAGGGAGUUCAUAGACAUGAGUCUGAGCCAAGGUCAAGAUAGAAAAGCUUCUGUUCAGAAGAUGCAGAAUAAGACAAUGUGGAUUAUGAGGACGUGAAAUAAGAAUAAAAUGGAAUAAGCAAUGGACACUUAUACAGGGUGACAAAACGUUAUCACGAACCAACUCAAUUAAAAAUGGGAAACCACUUAUCCAAAGCAGUAAUGUAAAUGAAAACAUUUUACCUGUAUAGUUACCCUAAAGGGGAUAAUUUAUUACUAUUUAUUGUAAGAUAUUGAUAUGGUAUCAAGGACAAUUUAAACUAAGUACUGUACCUACUGCAUAGUGUUGUUAUAGACUGUAACAUAAUUAUUGUGUAUAGUCAUGUACAGUGUAUAGAAUAAAUAUAUGUUUACAACACAUAAAGGAAAGAUUCACCCAUUUUGAAUGUUAUAUCAUAUUUGUGCAUCUCUGAGCUAUGAGCAAUGAUGCAAAAUGUGUCAUACCGGCUGUAUUUCUGCCUGCUUGAAUGGCUAAUAGCUCAGAUACACAUCAAAACAUGAAAUUACCUCUAGAAUCGAUAGAGCAUAGCUCAGAGAUAGACAAAUACGAUAUAACAUUCAAAAUGGGUGACUCUUUCCUUCAAGCAAGUAUUUGUCCUUUUAUAAUAAAUAACGUGAAAAAGUUUAGAGGGCAUUCUGUUGGGUAUUCUGGUUGAAGGGUAUUCUGUCACACAUUCCCCACUUUACUACGCUUUUGUAAACUUGGCCACUUAGGCACAGAGGACAUCAAGUCACUGUAGCGGCACAAAUAUUUACAGGUGAAAUCCCACUUCCCCCUUUCCUGUCCUCUGAGAGUCUCUUUCCAUCUGCCUGUUACAUGUGUGAUUUAGUGUAAGAUGGAAGGAUAGAAACAGAGUCCAGCAGCACUUUCCAACCUAAGCGAGAGGCUGCAUUCUGAAAACUAAUCCCAGCAUUACUAAGACAUGACCUUAUGAUUUCAACACAUAAUCAGCAUCUGUAGCCUAACCAUCCUGAGAUGACCCCAGCUGCUCUCCCGGCCGGAACACAGCUGUUAUGCUGCUUCUCUUAUUAUCUAGUCACAGGCCAGGGUGAAGAGAACAACAUGGCUGCCAAAACUCGAGCCUGCUUCCUUUCAUUAUCACACUGAGGCCAACAUGCAAAUCAAUCUGUAUUUUCUGGUUGGAGUUGGAGGACAUUGAGUGAGUGAGUGAGUGAGGACUCGGACAUGCUGCAGUCCAUAGCGCUUAGCAAGGCUGGGGCAAGUGGGGGGAGAAUUGUGAAGUGGUCUGGUCACGGGCUAUUCGGUGUUGAUACAUCACUUGCCACAACACUUGCCCUUGCCUUUCCCCUUGCCGAGCACCCCUCUCUCCCACUCUCUCUCUCACGCUUGAUGCCUUGUGAUUACCAAGGCUAGGACUGCUAGCUAGAUAAUAACGGCUGGCUGUGGCAGGCGAUGCAUCACAAUCACCCUCCCUCCCCGCCGCCAUCAUGACACGGCAAGGUCAUGGUGCUUUUCCCUCUUCUGUGUCGGAGAGAUGCGGUCACCGUCAAACACACACACAAUACCAAUGCACUGUACCUAGCUAUCUGUUCAGCUGAGAGAGGGCAUUUAGAUGCUAGGAAGGGGAGGGGAUAUGAGCGAGGGGAGAAAUGUCCGAAACAGGACACUUAAAGUCAAAACACUUUAUUAUACCAUUGAAUGACUCAUAUUGCCUCAUAUAUUGUAAUUCAUUCAAGGCUAAAAACACUUUGUCUAAACUGCCAUUCAAAAUGUACUUGCAAUGUGACCUACAGUGUGUGGGGUGUGGUCAUAUGCCAUAUCAGUUGAGGCGCCAUGUGAGGUCAGGAAGAGACCAGCCUAAAACCCUCUGCCAACCUUUCUUUUUUAGAACCCUCAUCGAAUGGCCCUCUGAGUCUCCUAAAAAUCACUCCGUCUCAAUGUGCAUUUUAAGAGACAAUUAUAAGCUGGGGUACUUGGCUGGCUGUUUGCCAGCAAGCACUAAAGGCAGGUUGGCGAUGUUGAUUGAAGCUCCAUCUAACUGUUCAUUACAGGUUGGCUCAGACCAUUAAAAAAAGAAGGCUAGAACCACUUGUCUAUAUAAAGUUGAUGAGUAAUGCAUAGACAAACCAACACUGUACCUCAAUCUUCACAACUUGACUGAUUUUCUAUGCCUACAUAGAGGAUGUGCACAGGUUAGAUUCUAGGCUACAUUUCAUUGGUCGAAAAUAUCAAGCCUAUUCUUUAUAUAGGCUUCGGCUAUCGGUCUACAUGAGUAGAGUGCCGAGGAGGAUAAAUUGAACCGCAAUCCUCUCUGAAGUAGCAGAGUAAUCUCGCCUGUCUAAGCGAUCAGUCCUCACAGAACUCUGAGUCAUCAGACCGGAGAGGAGCAGAAUUCUAUUCUAGAAUGAGAUUAAGAAAGAUGAGCCUAGACAGAGAUGUCAAAACCCCCAAGAUUCUUCAGGAAAUAUAGACCUAUCAGCAUUGCCAGCUGAGGAGCCGAAUGGAACUUACUGAUAAGAUUGGAACAGUUGGUUCAACUUCUCAUGAAUACUUCCUAGGGUCUUUGGUGACAUCAUCUUAAUCCUUUAUGUUAUCCCGGGCCCUACCUGGAAAACUAUUCAGAGUAGGCCUAUCGGACUGACAUAUCCGCCUCUGGUCCUGGGACCACACCAUUUCCCACCCUCUUAGCUCACUUACUGCACACCAGACCCCAUCUAUCUCUUUCAUUCUCUCUAUCCAUCUCACACUCCCUCUCCAUCUAUACAGUAUCUCUCUCCUCUGUUCCCUCUCCCAACACUCAGCCCAGGGUCGCACAUGGCUGAUAAGAGGAGUGCUUUUGAUUCCGGAGGCCCUGAAUGUUCUAGUGUUCUGGAGUGUUCUGUGUGCCAGGGCUGUUAUGUAAAAGGUUGUUGUGCAUUUGUUAUGUAUGACCAAAAAGGGUCUAGCUCAUAUAAGGAGAGGUGUUGUGUGGUACUAGGCCUCUCAAAUGGUUUGGCCAACUGCCACCUACACUUUGCAAAUAAAUUGAACACAAUGAA